CAAUCAAAUGAUAACGUGGGUUGGGUUUGAUGUCAAAACUAGAUUCACUUUCUCAGAUCUUCUCUGUUCGUGCUUUUAUUGGCCUACACUUGACCACUUUAUUCGUUGGAUGCUAGGGAGGAGGAAUUCAUCUGCAAAUGCUAAACUUUACAAGAUCAAGAACUCGGCCUAACAGGCCCAAUUCUUUAGGAGGUAUGGAUUUUUCGGAUCCAGUGAAGAAGAUUGAUGUUGUAAGAAGGAUUCUUUUGGCUGCAGGCCUUAUAGCAUUGUGCAUCACCAUAAUUAAGAUAUCCCCAACUUUCAGCAGCCCAAGCCCAUUCUCUCGUCAUGAAACAGGGAUUACUCAUGUCUUAGUAACAGGAGGUGCUGGCUACAUUGGGUCUCAUGCUUCACUACGCCUUCUAAAAGACUCUCACCGCGUCACUAUAGUGGACAAUCUCUCCCGGGGAAACCUAGGUGCAAUCAGAGUUCUUCAAGACCUGUUUCCAGAGCCCGGCCGACUUCAAUUCAUUUAUGCUGAUUUGGGGGAUCCAAAAGCUGUAAACAAAAUCUUCUAUGAUAAUGCAUUUGAUGCAGUGAUGCAUUUUGCAGCAGUUGCAUACGUUGGAGAGAGUACCCUUGAUCCCCUAAAGUAUUAUCACAACAUAACUUCAAAUACCCUGGUGGUAUUGGAGGCAAUGGCAGCACAUAAUGUGAACACGUUGAUAUACUCUAGCACAUGUGCGACAUACGGGGAGCCUGAAAAGAUGCCCAUUACAGAAGAAACCCCUCAGCACCCAAUUAAUCCUUAUGGAAAAGCCAAGAAGAUGGCAGAAGAUAUCAUCUUGGAUUUCCAUAAAAACUCAGACAUGGCGGUCAUGAUCUUAAGAUACUUCAAUGUGAUUGGGUCGGAUCCAGAAGGAAGGUUGGGAGAAGCACCAAGACCAGAAUUACGUGAACAUGGAAGAAUAUCAGGUGCAUGCUUCGAUGCAGCCCGUGGAAUUACCAAUGGCCUCAAGGUUCGAGGAACGGACUAUAAAACCGCAGACGGAACUUGCAUACGUGACUACAUCGAUGUGACUGAUUUAGUCGAUGCUCACGUGAAAGCACUCGAGAAAGCACAACCUGGUGAAGUCGGAAUCUACAACGUCGGUACGGGCCGAGGUCGAUCUGUUAACGAGUUUGUUGAAGCUUGUAAAUCGGCAACCGGGGUAUCAAUAAAAGUUGACUAUUUGCCACGCCGGCCCGGUGACUAUGCCGAAGUGUUCAGUGACCCAUCAAAGAUCCUCCGUGAACUCAACUGGUCGGCACAGUACACAGAUCUCGAAAAGAGUUUACGUGUUGCAUGGAGAUGGCAAAAGUUGCAUCAUAACGGAUACGGGCCCUCAAAGGCUUCGUCUUAAAAUGGGAAACGUGCAAAAACCGUUAAAAGUUACCAUCAACUUUCUUUCCGAUGGAAAAAAAGCACGAGUUUAACGCACAUUUUGUCUGAAAAUCUCGAUCGUGAUGGUAACUUCAUGGUUGUCAUUGAAGCUGGUUGGGGAUUCACUCGAUUUUGGCCGGGUUUCGUGAAUUAUACAGUACUGAGAGCGAUGUUAUUGUUAUAAUGACUUGUAUCUUACACGUUAAAAAUCGUACCAUUUACGGUUUCCGCUUUGGGAGCCUAAAAUUUGAUUUGAUCAUAUUGUUAUUUGUUGA